AUGGGGCAGGAGAAGAGGAAGACGCCCUCCGCGGAGGAGGCGACCGAGCACCCGCACAAGUCGCCGCGCCUGGACGCUGCUUCUGCGGUCGAGGCGCCGCCGGAGUUGGGCCAUCCACCAUCGCCAGAGGAUGGGGAGUCGACAACGGGCGACGACAGUACCUACGACAUCGGAUCGUGCGAGCACUUAUUCAGCGACAGCGAGCAGCUGGGUGAGAUGGCGCGUCAUCUCAAGGCCGCCGCCCGCAAGCCCCCUGCCUGCGAGCAUGACUCGUGCAAUGGAGCUGCUGGGAUGAUGAUGGCGUGCACGGAGUGCCCCUAUACUUUCUGCGCUGGGGAGAAGGGCGACAGGGAAAAUCCGCAGGGACACGCCGCCUGGCAUGCCGCCAGUGACCAGCACUGGGUUGCUAUGUGGUGCGAUGAGCCGUCUAAGGGCUACUGCUUCCAGUGUGGACUCACCCUGGUGCUCGGUCAGAACAAGGUGAACGAAGAUGAUUAUCCAGUGGUGCCCAGAACUAACAAGGAUGAGCGGGAAAUGGUAGCCAGCUAUGUAGAGGAUUUUUUGGCAAGGUUCCGCAGAAGUAUAACGGUUGAUUGGGAAGGGAUGCUCAGAAGUGUAAAGGUUGAUUGGGAAAGGGUGCGCAGUGAUGCGAUUGAUCGGUGGGGAGUAAUUAGUGCGUUGGAUUGCUUGGAAAUGGUGGCCGGCGAUGAUCAUGUUAUCAGAAGGAUGCCGAAUCUUGGGAAGACAUGCUACAUGAAUGCAUCGUUGCAGUGCCUCCUUGCGCUUGGUAAGCUGAGGACAAUGAUCUUAAGUCCGGAUGCUCGGUUGGGGGACACUGGCCUGCACCUCAAGGAGUUGUUUGUGGAGACGAGCAGUGGAAAUAAUGCCACACACAUGCUGGACCCAAAGAUGAUAUUGGAAGAUAUGUGGUCGCUUUAUCCCAAGAUAUUCAAGCCCAAUGAUGUGUGCGACAGCCAUGAGUUCCUUUCAUCCUUGUGCAAUGCUUUGGAUAGUGAGGUGGAGCAGCUAAACAAGUUGCAUAUCGUGCAAGGGGGUGAUGAUGCACUGUUCCCUACAUUUGGCAAUUCCAUUUUCAGGUGCGAGCUGCUUCAGACCAUUUCCUGCAAAAGUUGCUCACAUGAUGAAGUUACGCAUCACGCAGUCCAUGGCCUCCAACUGUCAGUGCCAUCAAAGGACUCUCCAGCCAGAAUCAAGCCUUCGCAAGUUGAUUCUACUGAAGUGAAGGAUACUAUACGUGGUUGUCUGGAUACUGAGAAGAAUCAUGUACCAACAGGGGCCGUUGAAGUGCCAAUAAAACCUUUCGAUUUCAUUACUAUGUUGCUUGGUUGUGACUUUGAUGAAAUGGAGGAAUCAACAGAAGAUUCUCACAAUACAGAAGAUAUGUUGCUUGGUUGUGACUUUGAUGAAAUGGAGGAAUCAACAGAAGAUUCUCACAAUACAGAAGAUAAGGAGAAAGCUCAUGAUUUGUCAGAACAUUUGAACUCUCCUGCCUCGAUUGAGGACUGCCUGACACUGUUUUCGCAUGCCCUGACGAAUUGUAAGAACUGUUCCAAGGUUGCUGCUCACCUGCCAGAAACCAAUGGAAGUAAAAAUGUUGAACCAAUCAUGGCAAGUACCAAUCUAAAUACAACUGUUGAUGGAGAUCAGACUGAACUGUCAGACAGGGAAACAUCCCCAAGUGAGCGAUCUACCAAUGAAAAAGCUGAAAGUCACGAAAGUGUUAAAGAAGCUUCACCUAGUUGCCUUACAACUGAUGAACAGACUGACCUGCUGAGUGCUCAGGAUAUUCAGGAUAACAGCACUCAAAAACAGGACAGUGGAAAGCAAGUGGUGGAACAACAAAAUAACCAGACAGAUGGUAUUAGUGGUGCAACUCAAACACAAUUGAUUAGCAAGCUGCCACCUGUACUAACCAUUCAACUGCAGAGAUAUGCGCCUGAUCGUUCUAAAUUGAGUGAGCGUGUGAGCUUUAAGGAGAUUCUUCAUCUAGGACCAUUCAUGGACCCCAGUUCUGAGGACAAAGAAAACUCCAGCUAUCGUCUAGUUGGUGUCAUUGAGCACCGUGGCCUCUGCUUGAACAGUGGACAUUACAUUGCUUAUGUUAGGGCAAGUCGCAAGCAGCAGGGCAGUGGCCCUUCCUCUUGGGUUUUUGUAAGCGAUUCCAUCAUCCAAAGAGUCACUCUAGAAGAAGUUCGCAGGUGCGACCCAUACAUUCUUUUCUAUGAGAGGAUAGAUGACUGAGGCACCCACUAGCUAUCCAAAUGAUGGAUGGGCAAUGAGAAAGGAUGCAGAGGUUUGAGAUUAGCAAGCAUGACCACGUGUACAUACUUAAUAACAUAGGGACAUAGAAUCGUGUGAUGUUCAAUUUUGUUGCUUCGGCCGAGUCUGCGGUAGUUGCACUUGGUGCAGCAUAUAGUGGGUACUCUGCUGGAGAUAAUUCAGCUAGUGUUGCUGGCCAGGUGAUAUUGGUAACACUCAUUCGUUACCAUUUUUGUUGUGGUCUAUGAGAAAUUUUGUGAUUUUAUGUUGUGUGUGGAAAAAAGCACCAACAGAGUUGUUUUUGUUUGAAUGAUUCUGAAUGUGUAGGACACUGG